UUUUUUUUUUGCCCGAUCCGAUAAGCGACCAACGCAACGAGAACUGUUUGACACGAGGGUCCAGUCCACCGCUCAUGCUGCGCCUUGCAUCGGCCAGCGACGUCCGUCAAGAUGCCACCCCCCUCCGCACCUGACAAAUCGAGACAAACCUCGGGUGGCAAGUCGUUUUUCGGAAGGAAGCUACACAAGGACCGGCCCGUGGAGGAUCGUUAUGAUGGACAUGGGUCGCUAGACAGUCUCGCACCACCUGGAAGCGCCGCCGGCUCUCGUUCUUCUAGGCAUUCGAAACGCUCUUCCGUCCAGUCCGUCGAUUACCCCCAAGAGAUUGAUCCCGCCACGUUGGCGCCGUCCGCGGGCGUCAUCACGGCUUUACCUUUUGAAAGCUUGCCUGCCGAUACGAGGUCGCCUAUCCCCGUGGAUUCUCUUUCCAAGCCCGAUGUGUCGCCGCGGAAAGAACCAUCCCCGAGUAAUCUUGCAAAAACGGGCGAUUUUCAUCAAUAUCCGGUGUGGAAUCCCAAUGCUGUUCGAGACGCCAACGUCUACUCGCACCCUACUGGCCCCCGUCCGCCGCCUCACGCUUCAAACGUGACUAUGACCGGCAGCUCGUCUGGUGAUAGGGGAACCCGGUAUCAGCAGUGGGCAAGACCCGGGAGUUCGGCAGCCAACACCGGUUUCAGUCACAACUCCUCCUCAACAAUGGAUUCUUCUUCGAACUCGCGGGUUUCCUUGGACCAGGCUAGUAUCCACUCGUCGUUGUCCUCCAAUACGCGAGGGUCCAACUAUUUUUCUUCUGAUGGUUCCGGCCGUACGUUGACGUCUUCGCAUUCGGCGGAUCGCAACACCUACUUUCCCAACGGAAAUUCCAAUCGGCUGUCAGCUACACAAGCGGCCUGGCAAGCUUCUCACCCGUCUACCUCCCCGUUGCCGAGGGCGCCAAAUCCCGAACAGUAUCUCGCCAGACCCAGGGAUGACCGGAUAGUAGACCAGCUAUUUCUGGAGCUGAUGCAAAAGAGAGGCUGGCAGAAUCUCCCGGAACAGGCUAAACGACAGAUGGUGGCAUAUCCCGCUUCGAAGAAGUGGACCCUUGUCCAUCAGGACCGACUGACGGAGCUACAAGGGGAGAUGAAACGGAAACAAAACGCACGGCAAACACACGGCCAUGAUGGCCCGUCCGGGAUCCUCGAGCGCGCCGACGAGGAAGGUAGCCCGGAGUGGUACGUCAAAAAGGUCAUGGACGACAGCAUCACGUCAAAGCAGCUGGCGAGUCUCAGUGUCAGCUUGAGGACACAACCCAUCAGCUGGGUGAAGGCGUUUGUCGAGGCACAAGGCCAAAUAGCCCUGACAAAUGUCCUUGCAAAGAUCAAUCGGCGAAAGGUAUCGGGUCCGGUGCCCGCGCCUCCCACCGGAGACAAAGAUCUGGACCGUGAAUACGACAUCGUCAAAUGCUUGAAAGCCCUGAUGAACAACAAAUACGGGGCGGACGAUGCGCUAUCGCACCAGCAGGUGAUAGUGUCCCUUGUGAGCUCGCUGUUGUCGCCGCGCUUGAACACCAGGAAGCUUGUCAGCGAAGUCUUGACAUUCCUUUGUCACUGGGCCGAUGGCUACGGCCAUCAGAAAGUACUCCAGGCCAUGGACCAUGUCAAGAAUAACCAGGGCGAGACUGGCCGCUUUGAUGCAUGGAUGCGCAUCGUUGAAGUCACCGUCGACGGUCGUGGGAAGAUGGGCAGUUUGGUCGGUGCCAGCGAAGAGUAUCGCAGUGGCGGAAUUGGCAUAGAAAAUCUUCUGAUGGAAUAUGCUGUUUCCACCAUGCUGCUGAUCAACAUGAUGGUAGACGCAGGCGAAGGCGAUCUACAACUACGAUGCCACAUUCGCGCUCAGUUCAUCUCUUGCGGCGUCAAGCGUCUCCUGACGAAGAUGGAGGGCUUCCAGUACGAGGUCAUUGACAAGCAGAUCGAGCGUUUCCGUGAGAACGAGGCCAUCGACUAUGAGGACCUCUUGCAGCGGGAAGGAAGCAGUACGAAGGACAGCAUCGAGGGCGAUGUCAAGGAUAUGAGCGAUCCGUUGCAAAUCACGGACGCAAUCGCCACGAAGAUCAACGGCACCAGGGCGCACGACUAUUUCCUCUCUGCGAUGCAACACAUGCUCCUGAUCCGGGAGAACUCGGGAGAGGACGGCCUUCGAAUGUAUCAGCUUGUGGAUGCUAUGCUGAGCUAUGUUGCCAUGGAUAGGCGACUGCCCGAUCUGGACCUCCGCCAAGGGUUGUCGUUCACCGUCCAGAGUCUGUUGGACCGCCUCCACACGGACGCAGAGGCUAGACAGGUCUACGAUGAAUCCUUAGAAGCCCGGCAGAUCGCGGAGGCUGCUAUCGCGGAACGGGAUGAGAUGCGAGCGCUGGUCGAACUGGGUGCAGACGGCCUGGUCAAGAAGUUGCAGAAGCAGAUCGAUGAGCAAACCGGCGUCAUUGAGCUCCAGGCGAGACAGAAUGAGUCUGUCAAAGCGGAGCUUGCCGACGUCCAGAGACUCCGUGCCCAGGAACUCCAGCGGAAUGAGCUGGAAACCCGCGAGCUGUAUCUGAUGCUUCGGGAUGCUCAGGACAUCGCCGCAUCGAAUGCCAAGAAGAGCAACAACAACAACAACCUUGCGGAAACGGAUCCUUCGCAGAUGAGAGGCAUCCUGGAUCGGGAGAAGCUUCUUGGGAGACUAGAGAUGCAGCUCGAAAGGACCAAGACACAAUUCAAGCUGGAGGGCAAGGUAUGGGGUCAACACGGGCCCUCCGACCGACUGCGCGAAUUGCGGGAGCAGAUGGAUGGGGACACCGAGCCAAGCGACGAUUUCCAGGAGCAAGCCCGCCGCAAUCUCGAGGCAAACGCAUUAGGGUCUGUUUAUCGGAAGCAUAGCUUUGCGCCAAGACCAGAAAAGGUGGACGAGGACGAGGAGACCUUCGAUCAAAUGGCGCAGCGACCCCGCAUGAACCCAGAGCAAGCGACUGGCCUGCUGGGAGAGAUCGCUCUCAAGGUUCCGAAAAUUGGUGGCGAUGCCGAAGAAUCGGAUACUAAGGCCUCUGCUCCAGAGCAGCCCGAAGAUCCCGAGGCCACGCCGACCGAAUCGUCGGUGGCCCAGAAAGAUGGGCAAACCGAAGAGAAGGACCUCCCCGCUGCUAUGCCUCCUCCCCCUCCUCCGCCACCUCCCCCUCCGCCUCCAGGCUUCGCUGCUGGCGCUCCGCCCCCACCACCACCACCUCCACCGCCUCCCCCCCCUGGAGGGGCCGGGUUCCCUCCCCCGCCGCCUCCUCCUCCUCCCCCACCAGGUAUCCCCGGUGGAAUGGGACCUCCCCCGCCUCCGCCACCGCCUGGCAUGUCUUUUGGUGCUCCCCCUCCGCCUCCACCGCCUGGCAUGUCCUUUGGUGCCCCCCCUCCGCCUCCACCGCCCGGCGCCUCGUAUGGAGGCUGGCGAGCCAAUUAUGUGGCUUCGCAGGGCCUUACACCUCACCCGACCAGUGUUCUUUCCUCAAUCAGGCCCAAGAAGAAGCUCAAGGCACUGCAUUGGGACAAGGUCGAUACUCCACAGGUUACAGUGUGGGCUUCCCAUGCAGUAAACCCCGAAGCUAAGGAGGAGAAGUAUUCCGAAUUGGCGAAGAAGGGAGUGCUGGAUGAAGUGGAGAGGUUGUUCAUGGCGAAAGAGACCAAGAUAUUUGGCGGUGGCGCAGCAGCCAAGCAGCGCAAGGACAAGAAACAGAUCAUCUCCAAUGAACUGUCGAAGAACUUCCAGAUCGCGAUGGCCAAAUUCUCGCAGUUCCCGGUCGAGGAGGUCGUGCGGAGGGUGAUUCACUGCGAUCCAGAUAUCUUGGACAACGCCGUCGUCAUGGACUUCAUGCAGCGCGACGAGCUGUGCACCAUCCCAGAGAACAUCUCGAAACUGAUGGCUCCGUAUAGCCGGGACUGGACAGGCCCUGAUGCAGCUAGCGCUGAGAGAGAAUCGGAUCCCAAUGAACUCAGCCGUGAAGACCAGAUCUAUCUGUACACUGCGUUUGAACUGAACCACUACUGGAAGGCAAGAAUGCGCGCACUUGCGUUGACACGGUCGUUCGAGCCCGACUACGAGCAUAUUUCCACAAAACUUCAGCAAGUGGUCAAGGUCAGCGAGUCUCUCAGGGAUUCGGUUGCUCUCAUGAAUGUCCUUGGUCUGAUCCUGGACAUCGGCAAUUUCAUGAAUGACGCCAACAAGCAAGCCCAGGGCUUCAAGCUGGGCUCUCUAGCCCGUCUCGGCAUGGUCAAAGACGACAAGAAUGAGACUACGUUCGCGGAUCUUGUCGAACGUAUUGUGCGCAACCAGUAUCCCGAAUGGGAGGACUUUGUGGACGAGAUCGCUGGUGUGGUCAGCCUGCAAAAACUCAAUGUUGACCAGCUGCGCAUGGAUGCCAAGAAGUACUGCGACAACAUUAAGAACGUACAGUCUAGUCUGGACGCGGGUAACCUGAGCGAUCCCAAGAAGUUCCACCCCCAGGAUCGCGUCAGCCAGAUUGUACAGCGGAGCAUGAAGGAUGCUCGGCGCAAGGCCGAGCAGAUGCAACUGUAUUUGGAGGAGAUGAUCAAGAGCUUUGACGAUAUCAUGGUCUUCUAUGGAGAGGAUAAUACGGACGAAGGCGCUCGGCGGGACUUCUUCGCGAAGCUGGCCUCUUUCUUGCUCGAGUGGAAGAAAUCGAAGGAGAAGAACAUGACGCUGGAGGAGACGCGGAAGCGGAUGGAAGCGUCUUUGGCCCGCAAGCGCAUCAACGCCGGCCUUGCGAAUGCUGCUGGGGCCACUACUGAGAGCCCUCAAUCCCCGGUCACGAGCGGAGCCAUGGAUUCGCUCCUGGAGAAGUUACGUGCUGCGGCACCCCAAGCCAGAGACCAGCGUGAUCGUCGCCGCCGCGCCAGGCUGAAGGAGCGACACCAGGUUCGGGUCGCUUCGGGGCAACAAAUACCGGAUAAUGCUGGCGAAGAGCAGAGUGCGGGCAACGGAGACGGGGCCAGCAACACCGCUGCUGAGGGCGAUGCCGAUGCGGGCCCGACUGAAACCGGCCUCCUGAGCCCGCCUCAUCCGGAGACAGAACCAGGCUCUGACGCCAAAGGAUCUCAGAUAUCCGAGAGCGAAGAUGUGGCAGAUCGUGCUGCGAGCAUGCUACAGGGUUUGCGAGACAACACAGAUCCAGAGCGUACCCGAAGACGAAGAGAAGGCGCCGAGGAAGAGCGGCGAAAGCGUCGGGCUCGCAGACGGAAUGGACCUACCAACGGAAGCAAGGACAGUGGCGAUGGCUCUGUCAUAUCACCUCUGCCAGAGCCGGCGACGCCUCCAGGGACCGAUCCCAUCGACCCUGAUGACGAGGCAGCGUCGCAACCAACAUCCCCGCCAUCUAUCGUGGUAUCUGAACCAAACCGCCAUUCCUCAGACGGCGACGAGUCAGCUCAAGGUUCUCCAAAGGGUCAACCUGCCGCGGCUGAGCCAUCGCCAUGACGUGCUACGCUGUUUUCCUUCGCGUCUGGACGACCCUACCCUACCUUGUCCAUAAUAUAAUGUGUUGAUAACCCAACUGACGCCGUCUCGGAAGUAUUUACUAUUGUUCAUUAAGUAUGUAUAAUAUUCCUUCGGCAACU